AAAUUCCCUGACCCCCUCCUUGUCCGCUCUCUCAACUUCACAACAAAAACCAGAAAUAACGUAUUUCCAUUUUUAUCCUCUCUCUGAACCAUGUUUUCUUGAGAAUUAGGGUUUUUACCUCUUCUCAUUUUCAAGACAAUCUCUGCUUUUCCAAUGUUCCUGGUUCUUGUGUAAUCGCCAUUUUUUACACUGAUUUCUCUCUCUUCAACUUUAUAUGCAAAUUUUUGCUAUUUAUUGUUAGUUUCAUUAUACUUGGAAGGAAGCAUGGAAACUGCCUUCUCUGAAACUACCUGUUUGGAAUACGGCUUGCCAUCCCUUCCCUUUACAGAAAAGCUUCUUCAACAUCUAGGGUUUCGUCUCGCUCCCCUUUACUCUGAUUCGUCCUAUUUUUGGGCAUGGCUAGCUUUCCUUGCUACGGUUUUAGCUACUGUCAAAUUCAGGCCUUUUUGCCGGAAAAUCCCCGAAAAGACGACUGAAUCUCCGCCGGAAAUAUUCUAUGAUUCAGAUUUUGAUGACGAGUCAUCUAUCGAUGACUCCGAUGACUCAGGGGCCUCGGUCAGUGAAAUUUCAGAAGAAGAUGAACGGGAAUGCUCAUUUUCUGGCCACCAGGAAACUGAUUUCCGGCAUGGGCAGGGGUGCCUCGGCCUGGACUUCACAAAGGGGAGCGUCGUUAAGCUGUGGGAUAACAUAAGGGAGAAAGCCUUGACAUUAAAGGGUUUCCCUUUAAGCGAUCACGUCCUCUCUGAUCCAAGACACGUUCUAUCUCUGUGGGAUUCGAAUAAAGAAACAAUCGUAAGUGCCUUUCUCUCUCACGGCGGCGGCGGCGGCGGCCGCCAAAAUAUUCCGUCCGAUUUGGUGACGAGUAUAGGGGAGGGGUCGGAGAAGAGGGCAUUGAAAGUGUGGGAUCUGAGAGCUGGACGUCAGGUUCCGGCAGCUGUGGCAGAGUGGGAUCGACUUUCCGGCGGUGUUGGUCAGAGUUCCGGCAGGCUGGUGGGGGUUCAUGACCUGAGGAUGAUGGACGGGGGGAUGGUGGCGUUGGGGGCAUCUAACGGCCUGGAGUGGUGGGACGCCGAAGACGUGGCGGUGGUUGGUGGACAUGGGGAGGAGGAGGAAGGGUCGAUGGUGUCGUGGUGUUACAACGCGGUUAGGUCCAUUUCCUCCACCUGGGCAACGUGACUCAUUGGAUUAAACUGACUUACUUAUAAGCAUACUGUAGCUUAGCAAAUUGGUGUUAAUAAAAUUAUUAAUUUUUUCCC